AUGUACGAUGCGCCGUUUUCAUUUCUCUGUUUGACGACGAUCGAUCGAACGCAAACGAUGUUUCGUCUUCUAUUCGCCAUCGUCUCCGUAUUAGCAGUGAUCAACGGCGUAAAAGCAGCCAAUCGACAUCGUGAGUAUACUCUGACCGUAGCAUACGCACAAAACUUCUCUUCUAUCAUACUGAUCAACGAUGCAUUUCCCGCUUCGCUUCUCGAAGUCGAACUGAAUGAUAUUCUCGUCAUUCAUGUGCGGAAUAAUUUACCAACCAACGAAGAAGUAACCAUUCACUUUCAUGGCAUGCUCAUGCGGCAAACGCCACGCAUGGAUGGUAUGGCAUACAUCACACAAAUACCCAUUCCUGGUGGUCGGCAAUUUACCCAUGUUUUUCAUGCUUAUCCGGCUGGUACGUACUUCUAUCAUUCACAUUCGAGUUUACAAGCUGUGACGGCCUUCGGUCCACUGCUGAUUCUUGAUAGUGAAAGACCGUGGAAACUACCCGAAGUACCGAGUGGUCCACUACUCUUUUCCGAUCAAUGA